ACCAAAAGGAGCAAGAGAUCGGCUAAGGCAUGAAUAUGGCCACAAUUACAAAACCAGUGAAAAAUUUGUGGGGUCGCUCGGAGAAAUCCAUGACAACUUCCACCAUGUUCUCCUACUGCUACUCAUCGACGAUCAAACCCGCUUCUCACUCCUCAGUUUUCCAACCAUCCCUCCACUCUAUCAGCUCUUCGUCCUUUCAUCUCCAACCCAAAUCUUGGAACUUCAUUUCCCUCAAUGAAUCUUCUUCAUUCCCCGGAAAUUCAAUCUCCAUUAAUACACGAAAUCUCUGCGUCGUUUCCGCCUCUAAAUCGGACAAUGGAUCGCAAGAAUCUUCCUUCAGAGAGCUGAGUCAUUUUUUAGGAGCGUGCUGGCAAGCAUGGAAAAUGUGUACUUAAACAGGAACCCCACAACAAAACAAAUAUUAGAGCUUGUUCAAUCUGUUGACAGCAACCAAAUUUGCUAUGAUCAUAUGGUAUUUAGAACAUUCGGGUUAUUCUUGGUGAAUGGUUAUGGUAUUGACUCAAUGGCUAAUUUUUUCCUUGAUUUUGGCUAUGAGCCACGGGACGAGUUGAGGUUUCCUACAAAGAAAUUGAAAGCACUGUGGUUUUCUCCUCCCAGUGUUUCUCUUCCUGAUGGUGGUAGUGGCACCAAUGGGCCUUUGCCAAGAAUUUUUAUAUCAGAGCUUCUUGUAGAUCAGAUGAGUACACAAACUCAGAUGUGUCCAAAAGGACCAUUCUUGACAAAGAGAAAAUCUCAAUUUUGCACCUUAGAUCCGAGCAAUUAG